CCUUGUUGAUUCCACUCUUACCGCGUAUCUGGAUUCGUGUACUGGACUAUCGAAUACCUUGAAUUGGAGAGUUGAACUGAUAACUUAUAUUGCUGGUCUCUGCUAUCGUUCCGAAAAGGCGGUCCUGUGGUUGCCUAGAUCUACAUUUAUCUCCUCAGCCUUAUUGAUUCCCUGCUCUCGCCACAUAUUCAAAUCCGAGUAUCAUCUCGUAACUUCAGUUGGACGACCAAGUCAACAAGUUUACUCUCAUUCAUUCAGUUACUCGCCUCAAUAGCGACAAUGGAAGAUUCCGGGUCCAAGAACAAUAGAUCUCCUCCUGGAGAAAUCACCUGGAAUGCUUCAGAUGUCAUGUUCGAGUUCUCCGAUAUGGAAAUCGAGAAUGCUGAUUCGGAAGAGGCAGUCAUCAAACAAUCAGUCACUAAUGAAUCUCGUGAAGGGUUAAAGCUUCCCGGGGAAACAGAAAAUAUGGAACGAAAAGACGAAGAAGAAACUCCACUUAUGACAUUCAAUGAUGGAUAUCAAGAUGUUUUAAGAUUUCCAGGUCAAAUAGAUGAGUCUGAUCAAAGUGUUGAUCAAAAAGGUGGUCCCAGUUCAAAUGAUGUGCGACCCCUUUUGACUUCAGAGUGGGAGGAUGCCGGCGAGCAACAACGCAAAGCUCGACAAGAGCUCAGUGAGAGAGAUCACAAUGCAGUCGAGUACAGCAAAUCGCUUUUGGAUGAAGGCGAUAAUCUGGUAUACGUCUCAUAUCCGGGUGGCAUUACUUUCUACGAUUUCAAGGGAGAACCACAACCAUACAAAAUUUAUCGAGCCAGUAGCGACAAAUUAAAAGCUCUUGAAGAAGGUGAUGAGGCAGUCGAAUUGGUAUCAGAGUUAUCCUGCUCGGCAGGAAUUAGGAAUUGGUACUUGGCUGAGAAGCGAUGUGGUGUCGAAAAGCAUCUGGUUGCUGGUGAUGAUGAUAUUCCUGGACCCUUGCCCAUUGUACCAGCUAAAUCUGCCGAACAAUUCGGAUUAAAAGUCCCGGUAGACGGCUACAUAGCCUUUCUUUCUUCGCAGUCAAGGAUGAACUCGCAUGUCAACGAUAAAUUUGUUUUUACAUCUUUGGGUCGUACGGUACCUAAAGAUGAUACUUUUGUUUGUGACAAGUCUGUCCAAGAUUCGAAUAUGCAGAGAGCGAUCAAGAAUAGCCUGGAAGACGGUCAUUUGUUUAUUGGGCCUUCGGGAAGUGACCCGGUGGGAACUGCUCAUCAUGACUCUACCGAAGUAGCGGGGUCAAAGAAAAGAGUCCUAGAUUAUUGUCCGAUCCGUCAUCGAUUUGGAGUCGAAAAUCUUCUUAGAAUCAUUCAAGGUAAAGCACCUAAACUGGAUUCGGCGCCAAAAAUUGACUACAUAACCUCAUGGAUCAUGAAUGGAAAUAAUAUCAAAUUCCUCGAAGUUCUUCCCGAAGCCAGUAUAAAUAUUGGGCUUGGCUUGAAAUCACCUAUGAUUACAAGAGCUGCGUUCUCAAUUCUCGUUUCCGAAGAAGCGCUCAAUGUUGCUUCAAGAACUUUUUGUGCAGGUCUUGGUAGGCGAGCAGAGUACAAGUAUCUUCGACCUCGUGAAGAGCUUGAUGAAGAUUUGUGGAACGUUAUUCAACAUGCCAGUCAAGACUUCUGCGAUCGUGUUCAAGAAACAAUCACCGAUUUGUUGGAUGAAAGAAUGGCUUGGUUUUUGGAACUUCCAGAGUACAGGAAAAUAUGCAAGUUUGAAGACUAUUGCUACAAGAAAAAAGAUAAGAGCAAGAAAGAUGAAGCCAUCUAUUAUUAUUAUUAUUAUUAG